CUCUCUGAUAUUAGCUAUACUAACUAUCCUUUUGCAACAACGUAACAACAACAAUGGCGGCGGCGCUUAAUGUUUAUGGCAACCCAGUUUCGAUUGCUACGAUGAGAGUUCUUGCCUGCGUGUACCAGAAAGGCCUCCAGUGCUAUAUUAACCUCCCAAUGAAUGCACCAAUCGGUGAAGAAAAAAGUCUGUUUGGUGAAGUGCCAGCCCUUAAGGAUGGAUCUUCCAAGAUCUAUGGAUCACGGGCAAUUACGAGCUACCUUGCAUUCAAAUACGCCGAGCAAGGGACGAAAUUGAUACCCGGAGAUGGGGCAAAGAUGGCGGCCAUGUUUGAGUUGAUGGAUAUGGAAGUUCGUAAGCUUGACCCACUAGUUUCGAAGAUAGCGUGCGAAACAAGGAUGAAGGCGGUUAUGGAGAUGGAUAGCGGAUAUUGCUGCGAGUCUGAUGCGGUGGAGAAACACAAGAAACAGCUGGAGAGAGUACUGGAUUUAUACGAAGAGAGAAUUAAGACGUUGGGAUACUUUCCAGAAACGGAAGAAAAGUGUGGUAGAAUGAUGACGUUGGCGGAUGUGAAUCAUAUGCCGCUUUUUCAUUACCUAUGCAACACUCCGUCGCUUAAGGGAUUGGUCGAGGGGCGCCCCACGGUUAGGAAAUGGAGUGAGUUUAUCCUGGGGAGUGGAGCUUGGGGCAAGGUCACAGGUACUCAUGUCCAACCCAGCACUAGUAAAGUACAGUUGUCGAGUAAAAUCUGACAAGACUUGCAGGAUGGAUAUAUAAUCUGUACGUGCUCGCUGUGGUUGCUAGCUGUUUCCGAUGUAUUAGGUUGUUUCACUCCAAUUCGAUCGGUUUCAAUUCUCUUUGGUUUUACGAAUUACGAUGUAAUUCCUGUGGCUGUAUCUGGCAUUCUACCUGUCGUUGACUGUGUUACGUUGUUAGUUUCUUUUUGGUUACUGUAGUCCGUGCAGUGUUAUAAUUAAUAAUAUAUCUAUAUUUG